CUCUUUCUUCAAGUUAUCUCCUCUCUUCUCAGCAAUCCUCACCAACCCUUUUCCUCUCACCUCUUCACACUUUGAAUACAUCAAUCAAAAUCCUGUCUUUCACACAACAGGAUUCAGCCAUGUUGAGAUCCUUCACUACUCGGAGGUAUGAGAGACUGGGUAAAGAAACUGCUUCAAGUGCUCUUUUGCAAGAGGGGUUCAAGAGGAGCACAAGUUUGCCUUCUCGAGCAUCCAGUUCUGCAAGAAAAAUGGCUCAUUCAACCCUUGGAAACAUUAAUCUACAGAGAAACCCCACAAAGAAGGCUAAUAACACCAGCAAGAGUACUCAUCCACUCUUCAGCUUUUUGGAUUUCCGUAGGAAAAAGAAAACAACAGCUAGGCCUGAAUUUACAAGGUACCUUGAGUAUCUCAAGGAAGGAGGCAUGUGGGAUUUGAAUUCCAGUAAGCCUGUGAUCUAUUACAAAUGAGAACUUUCUUUUGGUAUUUCCUGUAAAAAUUUAGUCUUGGAUUCUCUUGUCAAGUUACUUUGAGAAGAUGGAGAGUAUAAUACAUUUUUUAUUGGUUAUGAAUCAUUUAUUUGAAUCAAUUGGAAAUAUACAAGUUCAUUAUUUAGUCUGCUUUCUUUAGGUUCUGCUGAAAGGGUAUAUGUAAUCAUCAAAUUAUUUUUGGUAACAACAUUUUUGUUUUUUAA